AUGAAGAGCUCUUUGAUAAUUGUGCUUUUGCUUGCUUCUUUUGUAUUUGCCGUACCCCUCGAUAAACGCCAAGCGCCUCCAAAUCCUCCAAGUUGCAAUGGAUUCCGUAUUACUUCACCCGUUAUAGCAUAUUACAAUUAUACUGAAGGCCAAUGCUAUCAAGUUUCUUUCGAUAAAGGCGCAAGCAGCGUUACAUUCGUGACUAAGGUUGAUUUAUUUAAAGAGGCUGAUAGCACUUUUGUUGAAAAUGAAUUCACUGGAAACGUAGAUGCUAGCACACAAAUCGCUACGCCAUAUUUCAACUUGAAGAUUGAUGGUCUUCCUACCGGAACUUAUUAUUAUAAUGUCACAGCUAUAACUUCAGUUCCUGGCGAGUCAUGUUUCUUUAGAACAGUUCCAUUUGUAGGUAUUGUUAACCCUAAUAGCCCACCGGUUCAAUGUCCUCCAUAUCCUCCAUCUUAA